AUGGCUCUCGCGCGACCGAUCAGGCUAAUUAUCGGAGUCUGUAUCGCUUUAAUUCUGUUGCUUAUCUAUCAAAAUUCUAGUUCGCCAUCCCUACCCCUUUCUCCUAUCCGAAAACAUAAAUUCGACAAUGGGCUGAAGCGCGAGCCGCUGAAAGAAUUCACAGGGGAGCCAGAGGGGCCACUAUGGAGGGCAGAGAAAGACGCGUACAGCCCUAACAAUCCAAAUUCCGCUCGAAUUAAGGCGACACUUAUUUCACUGGUGCGGAAUGAGGAAUUGGAAGAUUUGAUUCCGACUAUGAGGGAGCUGGAGAGGACGUGGAAUAAAAAGUUCAACUAUCCCUGGACGUUUUUCAACGAUAAGCCUUUCUCAGAGGAGUUCAAAAAGAGGACGCAGGCGGAAACGAAAGCAAAGUGCAAUUAUGAGCUCGUACCGAAAGAACACUGGGAUGUUCCCUCGUGGAUAGACAUGGAUAAAUACCGCACUAAAUCCAAGGCUAUGGAGGAUAACGGUAUCCAAUACAGUACUAUGCUAUCAUACCACCAGAUGUGUCGUUGGAACAGCGGGAUGUUCUACAAACACCCUGCCCUGGCGGAUAUGCAAUACUAUUGGCGUGUGGAACCGAAAGUGCGCUUCUUCUGUGACGUGGAUUACGAUGUUUUCCGGUAUAUGCAAGACAAGAACAAGACGUACGGUUUUACAAUCAACAUAUACGAUAAUCCUCAGACUAUACCAUCGCUAUGGCCGGAAACCGUCAAAUUCCUAGAAAAGCACCCCGAUUACCUCCAUGAAAACAACGCUAUGGACUGGUUGACGGAUUCUAAGCAAAGGCCCGAUCAUACUAAGAAGGCGAACGGGUACUCUACUUGUCACUUCUGGUCCAACUUUGAAAUAGGUGACUUAUCCUUCUGGAGGAGCAAGGAAUACGAAGAUUACUUCAACCACCUUGACAAGGCAGGAGGCUUUUUCUAUGAGCGAUGGGGUGAUGCGCCUGUUCAUUCUAUAGGGCUCGGUUUAUUCGCAGAUAAAAGCAAGAUACACUGGUUAGUAUACCCUCUAGGCGUCUAA